AUAAGUGGGUCAAUAUUCAUAUGAAUCUGUCUGAAGCUUAUAUGAUAAAGGAUGAUGAAGAUGAUGAAGACGAUGGCUGCAGUGUGUGUGUGUGUGUGUGACACUUUGUGUCCUCGCGCCUGCUUUGGGAGGUGAACACUCUCUGUUUUACACCUACACGGCUCUGUCUAAACCUCUCAAUCUGACUGGAAUCUAUGAGUUCACCGCACUGGGCAUGCUCGAUGACCGAGAACUCGACUACUACAGCAGUGAGACUCAGGUUAAGGUUCCUAAACAGGACUGGAUGAAGGAGAAGAUGGAAAAGGAUUACUGGGAUAAAGGAACUCAGUCCCGUAAGAGCAAAGAGCAGUGGUUUAAGGUCAACGUGGACAUCCUGAUGGAGCGAAUGAGACACAAUAAGUCUGACCUUCAUGUUCUUCAGUGGAGACAUGGCUGUGUGGUUGAAGCUGAAAACGGAAAGAGUAAAUAUGUGAGAGGAAUUGAUGAGUACAGCUACGAUGGUGCUGAGUUCCUCUCGUUUGAUGAUGAAAACUCGAGGUGGAUCGCUCCAGUUCAGGCUGCUGAGCCGACCAAAAGGAAAUGGGAUGAAGUCUCCAUCCUUAACACAUACACCAAGAGCUACCUGGAGAAAGAGUGUGUGGACUGGCUCACCAAGUUCAUGGGCUAUAGACAACGAGAACUGAGUAAAUUUUCUCCCCCAGAGGUGCAUCUACUUACAAAGAGAUCAGUGACUAACAGCAAAAAGCUGACCUUGACCUGCCUGGCCACAGUUUUCUACCCUCCAGAUGUGGAGAUGCGGGUGAGAAAGUCCACAACUUCCCUGCCUGAACAUCUGGUAGUAUCUUCAGGAGUCAGACCCAAUGGUGAUGGCACAUACCAGCUGAGGAAGAGUGUGGAGAUCCUGGAGGAUGAAAAACCACUGUACACUUGUUAUGUGAACCACAUCACUCUGAAGAAUCCUAUAAUUGUAGGUGAAGGACAAGAUUGCUUUGACUGCUCCGUAGCUUCGAGUGUUAGCAUUGGAGCAGUGAUUGGAGUUCUGUUGGUGCUGGUUGGGGUUGCUUGUGUCAUCUAUAUUCUUUAUUCCAAGAAAUAUAUUGUCUGUCCAGCUUUCCCGAACAUAACAACAAAUGAACAACACGCUGUGAAUGGAAAUGUGGCAUAUGUUCCAGCUCCUGCAGCUGAUCUGGAAGCGAGUGGACAUGCGAAUGGACAUGAGAAAGAAUGUGCGAAUGGACACAAGAAUGGCAUCAACUAAGCAGCAUGAAGACAAGGAUCUCAGACCAAAUGACCACGAAAAAGUUUUAACCCUCAUGUUGUCUUUUACAUUUUAAAUUUAAUGUGGUAACAGAAUUGGGCACGAAUUUCAAAUUUCAUGCUUUUAAAAACAAAACCUGCAUGUUUAGUAGGAAGACGUCUAACCACAGCAGUGUUGUGCUAGUUACUAAGAAAAAGUAACUAGUUACAGUUACUAAUUACUUUAAUUCAAAAUUCAAUAAUUCAAAACUCAAUUACUUUGUGAUUGCUUACACUGAAAAGUAAUGCAUUACUGUUAAAAGCAGGGGUGAUUCUAGGGUCAGAGCUUUAGGGGUGCUGAGCACCCAAUGAGCCCCAAUGCCACCACCCACCCUCUUUUCACACAAAAACAAAAAAUAUGUCUAUUGAAAAAUAACUUAACUAUUUUAACAUCGAUUCGACUAACUCCAAAAUCCAGAUUUUUUUUUCUUUUUUUUGAGACCUUUCCAGAACACCAGCUUAAUUGUGAGAGUUCACACACACAGACACACACAGACACACACACACACACAG